AAAAAAUACAUAAAAAGCAUUGUUUUUAAGUUAAUCCUUAUACGAGACUAGGUCAACAUAUAUUUCGUUGUUUUACUGUAUACCAUAUUAAUGCGUGAUGCACUUUAUUGAUUGCACCCUAUAUUUCGUACUGUUUCAAUUGACUUCGUAUAUACUAUACCUAUAAUUAAGUAACUUUUGGUACCUUCAAAAUAUCUGAUUUAUAAGUGGGAGAAAAUACUAUUUUAAAUCAUUUAUCUCUGAAUAACAAUGAAUAAAAAUAAAAUCUCAAGAAAACAAUCGCAAAGGUUAGCUGAAUUUCUUGGAAAACAUAACAAUCUACGAAAGGGGAAGAUUAGUUCGAAAUUCACCCACAGAGAUGCUCAAAAUUUGUGGGAGUGCAUAACAAACGAGCUCAAUGCAAUUCCUGGUGGACUAUCGAAGGAUUGGAAGUCGUGGAAGAAAACCUGGAAAAACAUGAAGAGAAGAAAAUCGAAGUCGAAGACCAAAAAUAAAAACAAGAACAAUGAGAAUAAAUCUACACCAGCAGUGAUUACGAAUGGACUUGUGAAGGAGUCUGGAAGUACUGGAGAAGAUACUUCAGUCGUGGUAAAAAAUGAAAAUUUUUUUUUUAAUUUUGAUAUAAGCAGGGUGAAACUUGAAAGCACCGACGAAGUACCACCACCAGUGACUGUCCUCGACCAUACAAAUGGUAUUUUAGAGACUCCAACCAUUAUAAAUCCCGAGAAAAAUAUAGCAAAGGUUAAAGAAGACAAUAAAAAACGUGAGGAGUAUUAUGAAGAAAAACUAAAGUAUUUGAAGAGAUCUCUAGAAAUCCAAGAAGAGCGUUUGGCACUUGAACGUAAAAUUGUUAUAAAAUUAGACUGUCUAUUAAAUAAAUGAUUCAACUAAAAAACCGAUUCAAUUGAAAAAUUCAUUUCAAUAAGUUUGUUAAAAAUUAUCGAAUCUUAUUGAUUUAAAAACCAAGUGAAAGCCUAACAAGC